AUGCUGCCCGUCAGCGCUGACGACGACUGUGAUGAGUGCACUCCGGACUAUCUGCACUCCCCUCGUUUCACGACCAAGGCGGCAUUCUCGACAAUUCCCUUCCUCGCCACGUUCGCAGUCCUAACCUUCGUCGCCUACCGCAAGGUCUACCCUCUCCUGUCACAAUCCUCCUCCAAAACAUCAGAUGGCAGUGUGAAAAGCCUUCCUCGACCCGUCACGGCGGCCGCGCCCGAGUCUGCCGCUCAGCAACUCGCCCGCCGCGUCGCAGCAAUCACGUUUGCCUCCACAAUAGCUCUGUCUGCAGUCUUGACCGAGUUACUUUUGUGUGAAAUAUCCAAUUCAUUCAACCCUACCGCGAGGAGCGUCUCCCUACAGAUAACCGUCGUGAGUUUACUGGGCCUUCUGGUAGUCGCCAUUCCGCUACUGGGAAUAUCUUCUGUGGUGUCAAAGUCCGGGUACAAGUUUCGCGGCGAGAAAAAGAGUCGGGCUCAUCUCGCGUGGGUGCUGGAGUUUGCUGGGUAUAGCGCUUUUCUGUUCGGAUUCUGGGCGAUUGGGGCGCUCCUGCCAGAAGCACCUAGUUUUACCGACAGCAUGACCCGGCCGGACGGUCUCUUUCAGGCGUGCUUGGACAGAUUGGGUAUUACUGGCGUCUCCUUGAUGGCUCUUCUGUCGGGGUUCGCCUCGGUGAGUGCCAUUUGGCAGAGCUUUGGGCCUAAGGUCAAAGUCGUCGCCGACACGGACAUUACCCGGAAACAGGCCGGACUAGACGCGACCAUGGAUAUGAUUGCCGAGAAGAAAGAGAGGCUGAGAUUGAUGGAGGGGAUGGCCCCUGAAAGUCCCAUUCAGAGCUUUUGGAGCCGGACAGUGGGCGUCGUGCGCAAGAACACGUUCGAUCAACAAAAGGAUCUGCUCGAGAUGGAGGCCUCGGGGCUCGAGACCAUGGCCUCUUCGUUGGAAACUUCGCUCUCGAUUCUUCGGGCACGACGGGCAAAUCAACUCCGGGCAACGACAGCCGUGGGGCGACUAUCUCUGGCAUUUUCCCACAUAUUCGCCUGUUAUUGUGUGUACCGGAUAUGCACUACCACGAUUAAUAUUGGCCGCCGUAUCCUCUCAUCUGGACCUGCCACUUCUUCCGAUACUGACCCCGUCACCUAUACGAUUGCUCUCUUUGCCCGCCACGUCUAUCCCUCCCUGGAUCAGGCGUCGUGGGCACAGCAGAUCUCAUUCUUGCUCUCAGGGGCGAUGCUACUAGCUUCAUUCUCAGCAGUCACACAGACUUUUCAUCUUUUCGCUCGAUUCAUGCCCACGGUCUUACAUGCAACCAAAACCAAUUUCGCCCUCCUGAUCAGCCAAAUCAGCGGAAUGUACGUCAUCAGCUCUGCAUUGAUGCUUCGGGGCAUGAUGCCGAAAGAAGUCGGUGGCGUCAUCAACAGCGCACUGGGGGCGGGGCUGCUGGAGCCCGCCUGGGUCCAGCGAUGGUUCGAUGGGUUUUUCAUGCUGGCUGUGGUUGCGACAGGCGUUGGAAUCUUCUUGGGUAGGCAAAUAUCUGGCACGGCGACCUGGGAAGACGAUACUGGCUGGGAUCUAGCGAUGGAACUGGGCAAAGAAUCCUGA